GGGAUCCAACGAACAUAGUAGAAAACUAUAAAGUUGGGCCCGCCGGCGUGCGACUGCUUAAUUCAAAGUUCGACCAAUUUUGAGAGAGAAGAGAAAAGCGGUACAAAAGCCAUUAUAAACGAGCGGAAGCUGAAAGGCAGUUAGGCCUGGCGGACGAGCGAACGUGAUCGAGAACCACCUUUCACGCUUACUGAGAUUCUCGCUCUCUCUUUCCUUGAGCCCUCAAGUUCUGACUCUUCGACUGUUUCUGCAAUCUGGUGCUUCAUUUCCACUGAUUCCAAGAUGAUACAGCUUCUAUACUCGGUCAUCCUCGCGGAGGCCUUUCUGGUCCUGAUCCUGCUCUUCAAAACCCCUUUGCGGAAGCUGGUCAUCAUGGCCCUGGAUCGCGUCAAACGCGGAAAGGGUCCCGUCAUGGUCAAGACAGUCGCCGGAACCGUUUUCGUCGUGCUCCUUUCCAGCGUUUACAAUAUGGUAAGUAUUCAGCAGCGUUCCGUCGAGGCUGGUGUGAUUAAUCCCACAGAUCAGGUCCUAAUGGCCACGCAUAUGCUCGAAGCCUCCCUUAUGGGAUUCUCGCUAUUCCUUUCACUGAUGAUCGAUAGACUGCAUCAUUACAUAAGAGAACUUCGAUUACUGAGAAAGACUAUGGAAGCUGUCAAAAAACAGAACCGAGCUUCAGAGGAUGGGAAAAAUGGUGGUUUAGAGCAGCAGCUCAAAGCCAUGGGGGAAGAGCUUGCUUCAUUGAAGAAGAAGAUCAAGAAGCUGGAAUCUGAAUGCGAGACCAAAACAAAUGAGGCUGAGGCUGCAGUUGCUAAUGCAGAAGCUCUAAGAAAGCAGUCUGAGGGAUUCCUCCUGGAGUACGACCGCUUGCUGGCGGACAACCAAAACCUUCGGAACCAGUUGCAGUCAAUUGACCAGAGCCUGUCACAGUCUGAUGGUAAGAAGAGCUCAUAAUGAAGGGGUGAGCCAUUCUCUCUUCUGAGCUUGGUGGCCUUUUAGUUUUUCGUUUCUUAUGGGGGUUGAAGCUGGUGGGUUAUAUCAACGUGUAGAGUGAAGAAACGAAUUAAAGCCAGAGAAUGUCUGAGUAAAUGAAUUGUUUAGUUGAGGUAAUGUAUGCAUAACUGAGAUAUUGGCAAGAUUGUGAACUUAUUACCUUUAAUACGUGGGCUUUCCAUUGUUAUGCUCUA